GGUAAGUCUCCAGGCAGCAGCAACAGCGGAUGAGACCGUUUGGCUGAAGAUGGCGGAUUCGCUGUCGUCAGGUCUGGGAGAGGAGCAGGAGAAGGAGAAUGAGGACAGGGAGCGGGACGGGAUGGCUGCCAAAACAGAGAAAAACAACGAGAAGGACCGAGUCACGGACACCCUACGAUCCAACGAUAAAAACGGAGGCAGCAAUGACAAGAAACGCAACCUGUCAGACCUGUCUCUGGUCAGAUUUAUAACUACUGAGCUCACCAGAGGCUACUUCCUGGAACACAAUGAGGCCAAAUACACGGAGCGCAGAGAGAGGGUCUACACUUGCCUCCGCAUCCCCAAGGAGCUGGAGAAGUUGAUGACAUUCGGCUUCUUCCUCUGUCUGGAUGCUUUUCUCUAUGUGUUCACCCUGCUGCCCCUCAGGGUGAUUCUGGCUCUUUUACGGCUCCUCACGUUGCCUUGCUGUGGCCUCGGUGGCUCCCGCCUGCUCCAGCCAGCACAGGUGUGUGAUGUGCUGAAAGGCUUCAUCAUGGUGUUGUGUUACUCCAUGAUGAGCUACGUGGAUUACUCCAUGAUGUACCACCUCAUCAGGGGACAGUCUGUCAUCAAACUCUACAUCAUAUACAACAUGUUAGAGGUGGCAGAUCGCCUCUUCUCAUCAUUUGGUCAGGACAUCCUGGACGCUCUGUACUGGACAGCCACAGAACCAAAGGAGAAGAAGAGAGCGCACAUAGGCGUGAUUCCUCACUUCCUCAUGGCUGUGCUCUACGUCUUUCUCCAUGCCAUCCUCAUCAUGGUUCAGGCCACCACUCUGAACGUAGCCUUCAACUCCCACAACAAAUCCCUGCUCACCAUCAUGAUGUCAAACAACUUUGUGGAGAUCAAAGGAAGCGUGUUCAAGAAGUUUGAAAAGAACAACCUUUUCCAGAUGUCAAACAGCGACAUAAAAGAGAGGUUCACCAACUACAUCCUCCUGCUCAUCGUCUGUCUGAGGAACAUGGAGCAGUUCUCCUGGAACCCUGACCACUUGUGGGUGCUGUUUCCUGAUGUAGUCAUGGUGAUUGCCUCUGAGGUCGCUGUGGACGUUGUGAAGCACGCCUUCAUCACCAAAUUCAAUGACAUCAGUGCUGAUGUUUACGGGGAAUACAGAGCCAGCCUUGCCUUUGAUCUUCUCAGCAGUCGCCAGAAAAAUGCUUACACAGACUACAGUGACUCAGUAUCCAGAAGAAUGGGCUUCAUCCCACUCCCUUUGGCUCUGCUGUUGAUCAGAGUCGUAACCAGCUCAGUGAAGAUCCAGGGUUCCCUCUCUUUCAUGUGUGUGCUGCUGUUUUACCUGGGGAUGAUCACUCUGAAGGUGCUCAACAGUAUUCUUCUGCUGGGUACGUCUUGUGGAUUCGUCAAAGAGGCCAACAUGGAGGAGAAGCUCUUCAACCCUCCGCCCUCUGUUGUCUCCAGCCGUGCCAACUCCAGAGCUCACCGCACCAAACACGUCCACAUUUCCCCACAGCAAGAACCCACAAUUGAAAAAGGAGGAAUAUCAGUGGCAGCAGAGGUUUCUCCGCCCCCCAGUGUGGCAGAGAGCUCUGUCCCAACACUCCCUAAGAGCGACUCGGACACUUUCCUGACCACGCCAGACGGGGAUGAGGAUGAAAAAAUCAUCAAUGCCGACACCGGACUGGAAGGUCUCGAACAAAGAACGCCCAAGAAAGACUUGCUGGAAAUAGACCGCUUCACCAUCUGUGGCAACCGAAUAGACUGAAAGCCACAGGGAGACAUCCAGUCAGUGAGCCCUGGCAAAACGCCAAGAUUCAGGGAUCAGAAACACGGGUCGUGGAGCAUGCUCAGACUAGAGAUACUUCAGUGCACCUGACCCCUGAGUAUUUAUUUAUUUAUUACUGACAAAACCAGCCAAGGCAUAACGCUGUUACUACAAGCAUCAGAGGUGACUUCAGAUGUCUCCAUCUGGUCCAGCCGGUGCCUCGUGAACCUGGUUCACUCCGAGGAUUGCUCCUGGGAUGUCUUGCCAACCUGAAGACAUGCUUGCUCAUGAUGAUGGGAGAAAACUGGCAUAGCUGAAGAAGAGCAAGAAGACAGAAACGCAUAUGUGUCGCAGUGCCACGUGGGUCACCGUGUGAUGAAAUGACAGCUGGACUGUGCGAGUACGUGUUCAAAAGCACAAUCAUGCGUACAGUGCAGAUUUGUUUUUAGAAAGAACAAACUUGUCAAUUUUUUAAACCUUUUUUUAUUUCAUAAGCCUGAAAAAUUCUAAUAUUUAAAAUGAAGUUUUUAUGAAGAAUCUCAGAUCUUUUUCUAGAAUCGACCUGCAGGACUCAGACUCACAAUCACAUUAACACACUGUUGAAAUCUCAAACUCGGCUGACACACACACACACACACACACACACACACACACACACACACACACACACACACACACACACACACACACACACACACACACACACAUUUAGAAGGGUUUCGUUUAAAGUAAAUUACUGUGCAGUCCGACAUGGCAGCAGUGACACUAGGUGCAGUCCUGCUGAGUGCACUGGUUUUGGUUACAGGGGUAACUUUACCUUUUUAGGUGCAGAUCAAAGUGUGAAGGUUUUAGUGUCAUGCAACGUGUGUUGAUAUUGUUACUUUAAGCACUGAGAUAGGCUGGUGCCUGUUUGUAAAGACAGUAUUUAUUUGAAAUGUAACUCUAAGUCAGACAAGUUUGGAAGGUAUUUCAUUUUUAGAUGAUUUUCUUUUUCAAAUGCUUCAUGUCAACACGCAUGUAGCCAACCUUUAGUCACGUCUUUGUGUAACACCACUGUGUUCUUGGUCUCAUUUAAAUUUCAUGGUGUGACACUCACAUACCAGCAUCAAUUUAACAUGUUUUGUUAUUAUUUCCCAUUAUCUUUACAAUGAUAUGAAAAAUAAUUAAGGUUACAUGUAUGCAGGUGAAAUGUUUAAGGGUAUCAUGUGAUAUUCACUUAUCAAAAACCACAAGGAUCAUAUGAGCACUUUUUAUUUUCCUGAGAGCUGCAAGUAGAACUCAGGUUGGAAUCCUAAAUGUUGCUGACAUGUUUGGUGUGUUUGUUGUUCGGCUGGCUUUGGUAAUUGGAAGAAGCUUUCUCCAAAUGCUUUUAUACCUAACAACCUUCAGAAGCUGUGAAAGCUGGAGGCAUUGUUGAACAUAUCAUUUCUGAAGUGCCAGGAGAAGUAUGUCCUGGGCAUGAACUGCAAGCUAACCAACAAUUUAGCAUCUCAUGCUAAUAUCCUGUUUCAUUUGAUUUAAGCAACAGUGCUUAACAUUUGUACUUGCAAAAAAGAAAUACCCAGUGAUUUUUAAAAUACACAAGUCUUUCAACAUCAAUUAUUGCUUCUCUGAAGAUAUUUCCAGAAUCAUCAAAGACUAAAAAUGUAAAGUAAAGGAAGAAUAACUAAAUUGUGACUGUCCAUAAAUCCCUCACACUACGCCACUUCAGAAAAUCCCAACUUUCUGUUAAGAAUUUCAAAAUCUACGUUUUGUUUAGCAGACCUUCUGGAUUUUUUUUUAUUAUAUACAUCCGAACCAGACUAAAGGAGGACAUUCAACAAAAUGAAAUGAACAAGCACAGUCUUGUGAACAAAGCAUUAUGAGUGACAGUGCAGUGUGUAUGUUUGGUGUGUGUAUGUGAGAGAGGGAGAUCAUGUACAUUGCAUGGAUGGAUCUCACUGCUACUUCAAGACAUGCUCUAUGUAUGAAACUGAUAUUGUAUUGUUUUUAUUUUGUGUGUACAACAACUCGUCUAUGUAACAAAUCUCCUAUGUGGUAGAAGGAGAAUAAAUCAAGAUUUUGUUUUGUAACCCUU